AUGGCUAGCUUGAAGGCAUUCCGACCGCUUGCUCGCACUGCAGCGCCGCUGGCGCGCCAAUGCCUUCUCCGACCCGCGGCUGGAAGCGUCCAGUAUCAGCAAUGCCGUCAUGCGUCCAACAAGCACCCCAAGGGCUUUGAGCCGCCCUCGCAGGCCGAGCUCGAGGAGCUGCGCGAGCGCGUGCAGGAGUUCACGCGGCGCGAGAUCCCAGAGGAGGUGGCGGCGUACACGGACAAGUCGAAUGCCUUCCCGGAGGACAUGUGGGCGAAGCUCGGGGCGGCGGGCUUCCUGGGGAUGACGGCGGACGAGGAGGCGGGCGGGCUGGGGAUGGGGUACCAGGCGCACUGCGUGGUGAUGGAGGAGCUGAGCCGCGCGAGCGGCUCCAUCGCGCUCAGCUACGCGGCCCACUCGCAGCUGUGCGUCAACCAGCUGCAGCUCAACGGCAGCCCCGCGCAGAAGAAGAAGUACCUGCCGGGCCUGGUGGCCGGCACCAAGGUCGGCGCGCUGGCCAUGAGCGAGAGCGGCGCCGGCUCGGACGUCGUGAGCAUGCGCACCGCCGCCAAGAAGGUCGACGGCGGGUACCUGCUCGACGGCACCAAGAUGUGGAUCACCAACGGGCCCGACGCCGACGUCAUCGUCGUCUACGCCAAGACGGAGCCGGACGCCGGCAGCAAGGGCAUCACGGCCUUCAUUGUGGAGACGGCCACGGAGGGCUUCAGCUGUGCGCGCAAGCUGGACAAGAUGGGCAUGCGGGGCAGCAACACUGGCGAGCUGGUCUUUGAGUCGGUGUUCGUGCCCGAGGAGAACAUCCUGGGCAAAGUCAACGGCGGCGUCCGCGUGUUGAUGGAAGGGCUGGAUCUAGAACGGCUCGUGCUCAGCGCGGGCCCCAUUGGCCUCAUGCAAGCCAGUCUGGACGUCGCGCUGCCGUUCGUCCACACGCGCAGGCAGUUCGGUCAGCCUAUUGGAACGUUCCAGGCCGUGCAAGGCAAGCUGGCAGACAUGUACACCAAGCUGCAAGCCAGCCGGGCCUACACAUAUGCAACCGCCCGGGCAGUUGACGAGGAAGGCAUCAUCCGGACGCAGGACUGCGCGGGUGCCAUCCUGUACGCGGGCGAGAGAGCAACCGAGUGUGCAUUGGACUGCAUACAAGUGCUGGGCGGCAUGGGGUAUGUAGAGGAAAUGCCAGCUUCCAGGAUAUUGAGAGAUGCGAAGCUUUACGAAAUCGGCGCUGGAACGUCUGAAGUCCGGCGCAUGGUCAUUGGAAGGGCAUUCAACAAGGAGUAUGCAAGUUACAGCAAGUGA